ACGAACAACAUAAGUCUCCACACACACACACACACACACACACACACACACACACACCACAUAAGUCGCUUACGACUACUUCACACAACACAACUCACACACAAUAUACACUCUCUCUAAAAACAUUUUCUCUCUCCUCCCGAUCUCCCAAAAACGUGUUAAAUCUCUUAACACUCAACACAUUCUCAAUUUGGCGGACUAAGCCAUGGAAUCGUGGAUAGUCUCCACCGGGCGGCAUUAAAUAGCCGACGACGCUCAAUUACGACCGUGGGACCGAACCAAGUCUAACGUCAUCGUAUUGAUUUUAUUCCAUUCAGGUUACUAAUUUGAGCGUUGGAGGAGGUUCCAACCAAGACCCCCCGGUGGGACCUUUUUUCCAGGUAUUCGCACGGAGCAUGAGGUGGUUAAAGGCUUUGGAAAAUUAUCGCUCUCCGGACCUUAAACAUAUUGAAGCAGGCUACUCUAAGCUUGGCAUCAACAAUUGGCGCCCACCGUGGGGCCCGGUGAGAAGAAUAUUGACAAAGUCUGACAAAAUCACCGCCACAUUGUGAUGAAUAUUCAGGAUACUACCAGCAACUUACCAUCAAAGCAGAGAGUCACCCUAUUACAACAAUCAAUAGUAGGGGCAAUCUAACCCCAUCAUCGAUUAGGGGACACAAUUCAAGAAUUAGGCCAAGCCAAGGGCCAAUGGGUCGAGGAGCUGCCACAUGUGCUUUGGACGAACAACUUACAAAACUUCCACUGGGGAGAUGUCAUACUGACAUUGGCACUGAUGUUAUGCUGCCAAUUGAAAUGGAGCUCUCCUCUUACAGAAUCCAACCAUUCCACCCCGAUGAAAAUCAAAUCAAGCUCACUCAUGAUCUACAUCUCAUAGAGGAGCGUCGAGAAUACGCACUUAUGCUACUUGUCGCUUCCAAAGAGAGGAUCGCGCGUUAUUUGAACGUCAAAGUGAGAAAUCGACCCAUCUGGGAAGGAGAAUGGGUUCUGAGGAGAAACUUCAAAAAAAUUCAAAGUCAUGGAAAUUUUACUCCUUAGUAGGAAGGUCCUUACAAGAUGCACAAAGUGGUGGGACCAAAUACAGUCAAACUAUCUCUCCAUGAUGACCAGGAUAUGUCACGUAAAACUCCAAAAUUUACGCCUCAUUUGGUAAUCAUUUCUACACUCUCUUCAUUACUGGGUAAAUUAUGCACUAGGUUGUGCCAAAAUAAUUUCACAUGUGCAAAAAUAUUCAUGCCACAAUUUUUUUUAGACUAGUAUAUGCCAAAAAAGACAUAUAUCCCGUCAGUCCUAUGCUCGUGAUCUACAUUAAAGCGAGGAUAUGAACAACCAAAGCGAUUGCUUUAAAACGUGUUCUAUUAUCUUCUUGCCGAUAGAAAAGUCACGAUCAUUUUUCAUGAACUCCUGCCAAAAUCACAGUCAUUUCUCGUGAUUUUCUACCGGCAAGGGGGGAAUUGAUGGACCCGGUAUUCACCUGCUUCACCUGCCCAUUGAAAUAAAGUAUUUUACUCCAAUUAUUAUUAAAUAAUUAAUAUAUUAUAUCUUAUUAUAUUUCAUCUAAUAUGAUUAUUAUUACUAUAUUAUUAUUAUUUAUCUUAUUUCAUUCAUUUUCAUUUACUUUCUCCUCUUUUCCCCUAUAUUCUUCUAUUUUCUUUCAAUUUCACUUUCACUCUCUUUUCCCCCUUCUUUCCUUCUCUUCCCACGUGAGAGUGGCAGAAGCCACCUUCCCUUCUCCUUUCCCCCUCUUUCUUUCUUUCUUUCUUUCUUUCAUUUUCACUCAUAUGCAUAAAUGUAUGCAUGCCCAUGCAAAUCUCUUUCCCCCUACAUUUUUCCUUUAUAACUCAUUCACUCCUUUAUUUUCCAUUACAUACCAACACUUUCUCAUACAUACUCAUACAUACUUGAACUUUCCCAUAUACAAUAACUGGUGAGGAAUAUUGGUGUAUGAUGGAGAAUGUUAAGGUAUAGCAAAGAAUGUUGGUAAAUGUUAACGUAAGUCGAGGAUUUCAACUACGACUUUUUUCUAUAAAUAGGGAGCACCCCUCCCCCUUUCUAACGAACAACAUAAGUCCCUCCAAACAACAAGUCACACACACACACACACACCACAUAAGUCGCUUACGACUACUUCAUACAACACAUCUCACACACAAUAUACACUCUCUCUACUUUCUCUCUCUAAAAACGUUUUCUCUCUCCUCCCAAUCUCCCAAAAACGUGUUAAAUCACUUAACACUCAACACACUCUCAAUUUGGCGGACUAAGCCAUGGAAUCGUGGAUAGUCUCCACCGGGAGGCAUUAAAUAGCCGACGAUGCUCAAUUACGACCGUGUGACCGAACCAUGGGCUAACGUCAUCGUAUUUAUUUUAUUCCAUUCAGGUUACUAAUUUGAGCGUUGGAGGAGGUUCCAACCAGGAUCCCCCCCCCCCCCCCCCCCCCCCCCGCGGUGGGACCUUUUUUCCAGGUAUUCGCACGGAGCUGGAGGUGGUUAAAGGCUUUGGGAAAUUAUCGCUCUCCGGACCUUAAACAUAUUGAAGCAGGCUUCUCUAAGCUUGGCAUCAACAUAACCCCAAGUAAGUUUUAAUUUUAUUUGCUGAGUGAAUAAGAUUGUUGUUCAACUAAAUUUCAAUGGGUUAAUGCCACAUUUGGUCACUGUGAUUACUAAAUUGUGUCAUGUUUAGUCACUAGAAAAAUUAACUUCAAAUUUGGUCACUGUAAUUACUGAAACAGGUCACAUUUAGUCACUCUCCGUUAGUCUCCAUCCAACUCCGUCAAUGGAGUCCGUUAUGUGCUGACGUGGCUAACGGGAACGCCUAGUCAGCAUUAUUUAGGACAAAAAAUGGUCAAACCUGACCCGCCACGUCACUAAACCAGCCAUGUCAUACACCAAACCCAACCCAUUAACCCAACUCGACCUAGAACCAAACCCUAGCUCACUUAAUAAAAUAAAAUUGGAAACUCGAUCGGUCAGUCGCCAUUUCAGACCAAAACCCUUUCUCGAGAAAGUUCCAAAAACCAGUUUUCCCGGAGAACAAACAGAUCUCGAAUAGCACCAACAGCAAUAGAGCUUUUUUCUUCCCUUCUUAUUUCCGGUAAUGCAAACACGCACACAGAUACAUCUCAAAUAACCACCACAUCACAAUUCCUUCCCCAUUAAAUUAAUAUGCUAUCGCAUCAUCCGAACACGAAAAGCCAGAGAAAUCCAGGGAGAUCGAUCGAGAUUCGAGCAUGCUAGCUCACGUCACCUUCUUGAACGACGUGAGCCUCUUCACGGCGUCGGGCUGCACCUAGAUGAUCGCCUCGUACUUGGACAACCCGUUGACGUCUAAGGUGCCGGAGACCGUCAGCUCCAGCUUUUAGUUCUUCCCGCGGGCGACCUGGUACGAGCCGGACUCCACCCUCGCCAGCUUCAGCUUCUCCCCCUCCUCGUUGUGCUGCUUGACGGUGAGGAUGUGAGUGGCUUCGCGAUCUAGGGAUUCCGGGUUUCGACGAAUUUGGGGAUUUUUUUUGGUUGGGGAAUUGAUUCGAGAAAAGAGCGGAGCUUGGCAAGGAAGGAGAAAGGGUUUUGAUAUGAAAUGGAUACUAACCCGAUCGAUUUUCCAAUUUUGUUUUGUUAAGUGGGCUAGGGUUUGGUUUUGGGUCGAGUUGGGUUAAUGGGUUGGGUUGGGUGUAUGACAUGGCGGGUUUAGUGAUGUGGCGGGUCGGGUUUGACCAUUUUCGAUCCAAAAUGGUGUUGACUAGGAGUUCCCGUUAGCCACAUCAGCACACAACGAACUCUAUUAACGGAGUUGGACGAAGACUAACGGAGAGUGACUAAAUGUGACCUGUUUCAGUAAUUACAAUGACCAAAUUUGAUAUUAAUUUUUUCUAGUGACUAAACAUGAUAAAUUUUUUAAUCACAG